UGCGUACAAUGAGAGGAAAUGACGUGUCAAUGUUUUGAAUCGUGCGGGCUAACAAGUAGCGCGGAUACCGCUGCACACUGACCAGCAGCCCCUGACGCAGCUGGGGGAGCAGAGAGCUUCAUGUCCCCGCAAUAGUUGUCACACAGCAGUCGGACGCAAUGGACCUCCACAAAAUCAUCCACAGCGCGCUGCAUGAAUUUAUUCAGGCUUACAUUCCGGAUGCUGAUCUCAGCACACUGGACGAUGUUCUCCUGUCAUACAUCACCGGAGUCCUGGAGGACCUCGGCUCCCAGAUGAGUGCUGAGGAGAACUUUGACGUUGAGGACUUUGUAGAGAUGUUGGAAGCUUACAUACCUGGCUUUGCCGAAAUCGACAGUGUCAAGGUCUGUGACAUGAUGUUCAAUCUGGCUUCAAAACUAGCCAGCGCUCGGACCUCAGAAAAAUUGAAGCUGAAGGCAAGGACAGAAGAGAAAUCACUGAAACUCACCACCCUGCCCACUGAGCCGCCACCAGGAGAAACGCUGUGCCUUAAACCACAGACAGAGGGCGCCACUGCCAAGCUACCAGUGUCUGAGUGGGAGUCCCAGGAGCAGCACCUGCUAGAGAUGUUUCCCAAGUGUAGUCUGUCUGAGGCUCGCAGCGCCCUGUCUAUUGCCAAAGGAGACAUGGAGGAGGCUGUGCGCCUUAUCCUGGAGGGUGACGUCCAACUCAGCCCCACUCCUCAUAAUGUAAACCAUGGAAAGAGUAUUACCCCACGAGCAGACCAGAAACUUAAAGAGAGCAUCCUUGAGAAAUACAUGCUGGUAGAUCAGGAUGAAGAUAAGAAAACCCACCGGCCUGUCGCCCCCAAGGAUCCCCCAAAGAAGCUUGUUCGGUACCACAGUAACCAGGUGGUAACCACAAAAGGAGAGCGAUAUCAGCUCGUGAAGAAAGACGAAGCAGAGGACAUGAAGAAGACGUAUGUCAACCUCAAGCCUUCACGAAAGUAUCGAUUCCAUUGAUGACGAGCACAAAAGUGUAAACGCAACUACUGACAAUAUUGUUUACACUUUUUUUAAAGUUAAUUUGGAAUAUAGUUUUUCCAAGUAAAGGAACAUAUUUAUUAGUGUAUCAGUGGCUUAUUUUCAAAUUAUGUUACCAUUUUAUGCCUCGGUUAAAACAUUUGAUUAUUGUUUCAGUUACUUGAGGAGCUUUUGACAUUUUGGUGAGGUUGUUGUAACUUGUCUUCUCGUUUGUGUAACAGCCUAACUAUCUACUUUUUGCCAUCUCAGCAGGUCUGAUGUUAAACUAACAUUAUUGUCAUUUUUUUAAUCUCUUCAUUUUGUUAUUUUAUAUUUAUUUUAACUUCCAAUAGACACUAUAGAUUCAUAAUCAUGACAUGAAGAUAUAGAGAUGAAUCUAUGGUCUUUCUGUAAAUAAGUUAUUGUGGUGCUGUAGAGUUUCUUCUGGACAUUGCAAGUCUCAACUGCUUUUUUAUGUACAUAAAGUUUUUGAAGCCAAAUUAUUUUUACAUCAUGCAGUGCUGUGAACAUGUGUGAUCAAGCCUUGUGAUUUGGAAAGUGUGUUGUGCUAUAAAAUGGUUUUCGAAUGAAAAUUUCGGAAAUAAGUAUUAUUUUUUUUUUUAAUGAACAUUUGUACAGCGAGUAGCUCCAGAGAGUUUGAUGUGUUGGAUGUGGUCUAAGUUAUAGUACUCAUGAUCCACUAUAGUAUUGUUUACUUACAAAGACUCGACUAUCGUGUGUACAGUCCUGAAUGUUGAUGAAAGAGUAUGUUCUGCACGAAGCAGCUUAGCGUAGUUAUCUGGACAAAGGAAAUGUUUUUGUUUUUUCUCUCAAUCUGUUCCAGAUUUGAGCAACAUUUUCAUGAUAACUUUUGAUAGUGAAGGAGGUUCUCUGCUUUUGAGGCAGAUUAGCACAACCUUGAACUGUCCUCCGAGCAAGUAAAUAUGCUGCGAGCAAUUCAGUCCACAAGAGGAAGGCAACAGGCCUGAUUGGUUUUCAUCCUCUCCUAUCACACCCUGAAUAUAAAGGAAAUGUGUGUGAUAAUAUGCAAAGUGUUACACUAGAACAUGUUUUCUUGAAUUUCUAAAAUGAAGAACAACAUUAUAAAAAUGAAACAUGACAACCUUGGCUAAGUGAGAUGUGUGAGCUUGUGUCUGUAACCUGGGACAUCUUGUUGUCAGUCACACAACUAAGCUCUUUUAAACCCUUUUAACCAUCAAUACAUUAAUUGAUAAUACAUUUUCCAGCACAACAAAUCCAAUUCUCAAGAGAACCUACUAUUACAGCACCCAUUGAUUUGGCAUAAUAAAGUGGAUGACUUGUGGUUUCCCCCUAAAUGCUGCGGGAGGACCUGUUUUUCAAGUUCAUUCCAACAGCUUUACAUUAUUUUUGAUAUAGAUGUUUAGAUUUUCAAAGUCUCCGAUCAUGUACCGGUAUUUAUUGUGAAGAGGGCCGGUGUGUGCUCUCAGGGUCUGUUUGUCCAAAUGUUUACUAAGUGGUCCGUUCACCACAUUUGUGUUUUGAAUUUUGCUUCGCUUGUAAUUGUUCGUUGUGGAUUUUUUUUAUUAUGAUUGGAUUAUUUGAUUCUUGUUUAUUGUAUAUUCUGAUGAAUGUGUUGGUAAGGGUUUUUUUUCCAACAAAUAUAGACUGUCGUUAAUUUGUGUUCUUCUUUGCAUCCAUUUUUAGAAACUACAAGCAAUUGUUUUUGAUUAGUGGUAACCUAGUUUUUUUUUAGAGUGUAAGUGUAACCCAAUCAUCUGUUGAAAAGAUGUUACUGAUUAUCAGCAUCAAUGUUGUCUUUAAUUACUAGAUUUAGUUUUGUGCUUUGAGAAACCGCUGACGCACAAUUUGUUGUCAAUAAAUACACAUUUUUGUAGAUCACU